CACAUUAGCGAGGAAACUUUCCUAGAUUGGAACGGAGAGGGUGAUUAGAGGGGCGGAAAUCUCAAAGAGACAGAGUGCAACUAAUUUAUCCACCUCUUUCCUUGUUGGCUUAACUUCACUCAACCUCGCUAUUCUCUAUAAGUUUCUCUCCUCCAUCAUUUUUCCCUCCCAUUAUUCCAUUUUCCUGUUCUUUCAUCGCUCUCGAACUCUCUCUACCAUGGAAUCAUCCGCUGCCAUUCGAUCUUUUAACUAUCCCAUGGGCACUAUGUCCCAUAUGCGACCUUCCCGUGAUAAACAAGUUGUAGUUCCCAUCCACAAUGUCCGAUGGAACUCUAAAAGUAGACUUUUCAUCCAGCAUUUGGCUUAUGAUCGGAAGCACAUUAAUUCCCACGUGAAGGGGAACAACACACUAGUUUCAUGUGCAAAAACAGCUGAACCUAUCAACACAUCCAAGUCUGGUGAUGAUUUUGCAGCUUCUUCAGAUAGUACUCCACAAGGCUCGUUGGAGAAAAAGCCUUUGCAAGCUGCUACUUUUCCUAAUGGAUUUGAGGCUUUGGUAUUAGAGGUGUGUGAUGAGACUGAAAUCGCUGAACUGAAAGUAAAGGUUGGAGAUUUUGAAAUGCAUAUUAAGCGAAACAUUGGAGCAACAAAGGUUCCUUUGUCUAACAUUUCACCAACAACUCCUCCGCCUAUUCCAUCUAAACCAAUGGAUGAAUCAGCACCUGGUACCCUGCCACCAUCACCUCCAAAAUCAUCUCCAGAAAAGAAAAAUACAUUUAUAGAUUCUUUCAGUGAGAAAUCACCAAGAAUGGCAGCAUUGGAGGCUUCUGGUACCACCACUUAUGUCUUAGUGCCAUCUCCCACGGUUGGCUUCUUCCGAAGAGGUAGAACAGUGAAAGGCAAGAGACAACCUCCUAUCUGUAAAGAGGGUGAUUUAGUCAAAGAAGGGCAAAUCAUCGGUUAUUUGGAUCAGUUUGGCACUGGACUUCCGGUUAAGACUGAUGUGGCUGGACAAGUGUUGAAGCUACUUGUUGAUGAUGGAGAGCCUGUUGGUUACGGAGACCCCCUUAUUGCUGUCUUGCCAUCUUUUCAUGACAUCAAGUGAGCUGGCCUUUUCCUGUUGUUCGGAUCAAUCAUGAGGCAUUUUUUUUUUUAAUUAGGGAGCUAUUCGCAUAUUGGCAAAAGUUUUUAAUAGGUGACAAAUAAUUGAAAAUUCAUACUUUGUAUACCAAUUGCUUAAAUUGUACUAGAAUGAAGCUAUUCGAGACGACCUUCCUUAUGUAUCUUAUUUGUUGGAGUUUGAUCGCUA